CUAACACCAAAAAUCAUAUUCACCCCAUCUACUCCGUAUCUACUACUACAUAGUAGGUAGCAGUAGCGGGUGCCCAUAGCCCGCCAUACCCGCACCGGACGGACAACCGACGGCUCAUCCACAUCCCCUCCCAUCCAUCCAAUUAGCAGCCCAGCCACCCGCACCGCAACCACCGUAACCUCCGCGGCCUACCUACCAACCAACUACCUCCGCACCUUCACCUCCGGUAUACGUAUCCUCCUCCCACCACCACCACCACCAACCCACUACUUUCCCUCUCCUCGAACCCCCAAUCAAUCAAUCAAUUACUCAACCAACCAAAAUGAAAUUCCUCCCCCUCCUAACCCUCACCCUCACCACCCUCACCACCGCCACCCCCCUCCUCAUCGAAGUCACCGAAUCCGUCUCCUGCACCCGCAAAACCCAAAACGGGGAUAAUGUCGCCAUGCACUACCGGGGCACCCUCGCCUCGGAUGGAUCCGAGUUCGAUGCGAGCUAUAACCGUGGCCAGCCGUUGAAGUUUAAAUUGGGGUCGGGGAGGGUUAUUAAGGGAUGGGAUCAAGGACUGCUGGACAUGUGCAUCGGGGAGAAGCGCAAGUUGACGAUUCCGCCUGAAUACGGAUAUGGGGAUCGUGGAGUAGGACCGAUUCCGGGGGGUGCGACGUUGGUUUUUGAGACGGAGUUGGUGGGGAUUGAUGGGGUGGGGAAGGAUGAGUUGUAAUUUAGUCUUCUCUUCUUUUCUUUAGGGAAGAGGAGGAUGUGAAGGGAUGUAGUCUAUGUAUUGUAUCUAAGGGUAUCAUCUAUAGUAGAUUACACUGGUCAUAGCAAGGAAUGACCAGAAUGAGAGGCAAAGAAUGGAUCAAUCCAUCGCGUCCAGUUUAUUCUCGUUGGGUUCUUCAGUCUCGGAAACUAGAAUCCCAACGAGACAUUCGCCCAGGAUGGCAUCCCAGUUCACCCAUGGAUGGAUCUCGAAGAAUAAC